AUGGCAACAAUAGAAAACAAUAAGGAGUCACCGAUAAAAGACUUUCGAGUAUAUAUUGGAAAUAUAUCUCCUAAACUUAAAGAAAAUGAACAAAGUUUAACUACUAGAAUCGCCAAAUAUGGAAUCAUCAAAUCACCCUUAGAAUUUCAUACUAAACCUUUACAAUUAUAUUAUUUUGCUUAUGUGACUAUAUCUACUACUGAUUCUGAAUUUAAUAAAUUAAAGAAAUCUUUGAAUGGAGUUUUAUUUAUGGGGAUGAAAUUGAUUAUUUCUUUAGCUAAACCCAAUUAUUUAGAAAGAUGGAAAAAAUCAAAUUCCAAAGACAAAGACAAGGAAGGAGGACGUAGUAAUAAUAAUCAAAUUAAACAACUUGAACAAUUACGUCGUGAUAAAAUUGUUGAAUCUAGAUUAGAAAAAAUCCAAGAAUAUAAAACAAAUUAUCCAACUAAUAAAUUCACUUCAAAUUUAAUUACUUGUUAUAAUGCUGGAUUUAAUCAACCAGAAAUAUCUAUUCUGGAACAUACAACAAACAACAUUUCAGCAAACACGAAAAAUCCACCACCUAAACAUCGAUUAAUUGGAUCAAAAUCAUAUGGUGCAUUAACUCAACCAAAUAAAUUCAAUCAAAAUAGAUUUUUAUAUCGAUCAGGUAAAGGGAUUGUUAUAAGAGGAGUUCAUCGUAAAACUCCCAGACUGAAUUUAAAAUUAAAACAACAAACUUUAAGAAUUUUAAUUAAUGGAGAAUUGAAAAUUUUUAAAAAUUAUAAAACUAAAUUAUGGGGGAUUGAAAAAAAUAAAACUAUUAGAGAUUUGACUUGGAAAUAUAUUAAUGGUGAAUGGAGAUCUGGUGAUGAUCAUAUAAUUGAAAAAGUUACAUGUGGUAUAUCUUCUGGACAACAAGCAGAAAAUUAUAGUAAAGAUAAUAUUAUAAUAGAUAAAGAAGACAAUAGUGGUAAUAAGUUAUCUAGUAUCGAUAAUGAUAAUGACAAUGACAAUGACAAGGAAGAAAUUGACAAGAAUAAAUCUAUAUUAGCAUCAAUGUUUGAUUCAUACGAUUUUGAUAAACCAAUAGAAUUAGAAGAGACUGGAAACGAAAUUCAUGGUAGUGGUGGUAAAGUUGCUACUGCUGCUGCUGAUGAUGAUGAUGAUGAUGAUGAUGAAAUUGAAGUAGAUUCUAAAGGCAGAAAGAAAGCAAAACAUUACGAUUAUGAGAUUGAAGGGAAAAUAUCAGAGGAUGAACAAGAAGAAGAAGAAAAUGAUGCUGAAAAAAUUAAUACCGUUGAUAUUAAAUCAGCUAAUCAAAUUAUUGAAAAUUAUAAACAAUCAUCAAGUUUUGUGCCUACUAAAGAAACAUACUAUGACGAAGAUGACGAAGGUAAUGAAAUUGAAUUAGAUGAAUUUAAUAACAAGUAUACCACUGAAGCAAUUAAAAGUAAUUAUGAUAAAGAUCAUAACGAUAUAGAGGUGGAGAGGGAGGAUAAUGAUGAUGAUGAAGAAGAAGAAUUUAUUCCAACGUUUGGUGCUCCAAAACCAAAUACAAAUAAUACUGAAACUUUAAGAGCAUUAUUUAAUCCAACUACAAGUAACACAACUAUUCAACCAACAUCAAUAGCAGAUAAUGGAUCAUUUAAACUUGGUUUACAAGAUGAUGAUGAAGAUCUUGAUACUGAUAAACAAUUGGAUAAUCUUAAACAACAAGAAUUAUACAAAAAAUUACAAAAGCAACGUCAAGAACAACAACAACAACAACAAGAAGAAGAAACCAAUAAUCAACAAUUAUUAUCAAGUAAUAAAAAAUUUGGAUUAUUUUGGUGUCAUUUUGAUUCACCAUUUUUAUCUACUCAAUCACAAUUUAGUAAAUUAGGUGGUGGUGGUGGUAAUGGGAAAAUAAAAUUACCAGGUGAAGAAGAAGAAGAAGUAGAAGGAAAAGAUGAUAAAGAUCAAGAUGAAGAUGAAGAAUCAUUAUAUGAAAAAUGGUUUUGGAGUAUGAGAGGUGAUAUUUCACGUGAAUGUAAACGUCGUAAACGUGAUUUAUUAAGAACCAUACGUAAAAAGAAGAAGAAUUGA